AUGGCACGUUGUCUUAUCAAUGUUCGUAACAAUCGUUAUCUACCAAAAGCACUCGCUUCGACUGCACAAGAUUUUGAAACAGAUCAUUUCGUCUACAACCAUGAAACGAACUCAAUCGAUUGUAAACUUCUUUCCAACAAUAUUUAUCAUCGUUUCUUUCAACAUGUAUAUCCUGAUACCAUUCUCGAACAUGAACUUACUAACGAUAUGCUAGAUGUGAUCAAAUCGUACACGAACAGUCGAACAAAUGAUUGUUAUAUGAAAACCAAUCUGAAUUUACUCAGUGCUCAUUUUGACGAUAUCGAUUGGAUUUAUGUCAAUAAACUUCGCUCGUUGAUUCGUGCGUUAGUGCAAACAAAUAUUAAACCAAUCUAUUAUCGUGGUUUACAACUAAGUGACACUGAAAUUCGAUAUUAUAUUGAACGAAAAGGAAGUUAUUACUACACAAACUCGUUCUUAUCAUUUACAAUCGAUCGAUUGCUAGUGUAUGAUGGAAAUGCAGUUUUAAUAUUGAAUACAGAAAGGUCGAGUGAAAAGGCGAAGCACAAUCUCGCGAACAUUUGGAAGUGGAGUAGUUACAGCGAAGAAAAGGAAGCGUUAUUGUGUGUGGGAACAAAGUUACGAAUCAUAUGUGUGCAUUAUUAUGGAUGUCGAUGGGAAAUUGAAGUGGAGUUAAUAGAAGAUAGCGAAGAUUGA